CGUCCCAGCUUGGGGGGGUGGAUAACAUGAUUGAUAUCGGGGCAACCCAGACGAAGUUGUCCAUGCUGAUUACCAGUUCAACUUUGCGCGACGAAGCUGUUUCUGUUACUCUCUCCAGACUGUCAUGAUGUCUAUUCUCACCUCGUCUACCAACAGUGUCAAGUCAGUUCGUUGGAUAAAGGAUAUUGGCAUAUAUUGGCCAUUGGCCUGGCGGCACCAUGGACAUUCGCUCUCGACGGUUUCGCCACGUUUUGCCACAUGUCUGCCAUGUCCGGGUCUUCGUCCGAACAGCGCUCAGAGCAGUGCCUGUCCACAGAAAACCCACCUUGCCUUGCACCUGAAGUGGGGCUGUCAACAAGAGCUGCAAUAACGACAUUGACGCAAAAUGUGCUGGGAUCCGGGGUACUGGCUCUUCCAUAUGCGAUGUGCACAGCUGGAGGACUUGGAGGCUUGACAUUGCUAGUAUUUGUCUACCUUCUCUCCAUCUUCACCAUGUCAGUCUUGGUGCUUCUGAGCAACACCUUGGGGACCUUCAGUUACUACGGAGCUGCCCGCCAGACAGCUGGACAAAAAACCGCGUUGUGGGCCGAGAUAUGGGUCUUGUGCACCAACAUCGGUUUGUGUAUCAGCUACGUCAUCGUUCUUGGGGACUUUUCCUUUGCACUCGCAGAAAAAUUUGGCUGGGCCCAUUGGCUGUCCAAGCAAAAGUGCAUGGCUGCGUUGGUGGUCUUCAUUUGUUGGCCUUUGUCAUGCGCUCCAACCCUCGGGUUCCUCAGAUGGAUGAGCUCUUUGGGACUGGCGAGUGUCUUAUUCUGCGCUCUAGUCUCGGCGGUGCGCUACUGGGAUGGAUCUUACUUCGAUGCCUCAGGUCCUCCGCACCUCUCCAGCUUUGAGCCAAGUACCUUUGGGCAUUGCUUCCCGAUACUUGUUGGUGCUUUUGGAGCUCAUACCAAUAUUCCCCUUCUGUACAAAGAGGUUGCUCCUGGUGCCAAGACCCCGAACUGGGGUAGAACUCAGGCGGGACAAGAAGACUUUCGGAAGAUGAUGAAGGUCAUCACUUGGUCUCUGACCAUUGCUUGUAUAGUUUAUGGCUGGGUCGGCAUGAUAGUGUAUGCUACUUUUGGAUCCGAGACGAAGAGCGACUUUUCAGAAAACUUUCGGUCUGAUGACCAGCUUCUUGUGGUGCUUCGCCUGACCAUGACAUGCGCGAUAUGCAGUUCUUUUGCCUUAAUGAUGAUGUCCGCGAGGGCGGCAGCUUGCAAUUUGGUUUUGGAGCCAUUGGGGUGCGCCACAACAACAGUGUCGCGCGUGACGGUAGCUACCAUCUUGACAGCCAUUUGCUUGGGUGUGGCUGCUGUUGCCAAAGAAAUCGGCACUGUCUUGGCCUACAACGGCUCAGUGUUUGCAACACCGGUGUGCUUUGUUGCACCGCCCAUGAUGUACCUUUGCUUGCCUAGGCAGUUCAGAAGAAGACCUUUGAACCUCCUUUGCCUGAUCUCUGCUUUCGCUGGCCUCGCUUUCGGCCUUUUCGGAUUCAUAGUCGCUUUGCGUUCGCAGCCUUCCUGAACUUGCUGAGGAUGACUGAUGAACACCCUUUCGCCUUGCCAGUUGA